AUGCGGCGCCCGGGCCCCGGCCCCCGCCUGUGGCUGCCGCUGCUGCUGGCGGGGUCGUGCGCCGCCAUCAGCUCCAUGGACGCGGAGCGCCCCGGGGACGGCCGGUGUCAGCCAGUGGAGAUCCCCAUGUGCAAGGACAUCGGCUACAACACCACCCGGAUGCCCAACCUGAUGGGCCACGAGAACCAGCGCGAGGCGGCUAUCCAGCUGCACGAGUUCGCGCCGCUGGUGGAGUACGGCUGCCACGGGCACCUCCGCUUCUUCCUGUGCUCGUUGUACGCGCCCAUGUGCACCGAGCAGGUCUCGGCGCCCAUCCCCGCCUGCCGAGUCAUGUGCGAGCAGGCCCGGCUCAAGUGCUCGCCCAUCAUGGAGCAGUUCAACUUCAAGUGGCCCGACUCGCUGGACUGCAGCCGGCUCCCCAACAAGAACGACCCCAACUACCUGUGCAUGGAGGCGCCCAACAACGGUUCCGACGAGCCCGGCCGGGGCUCGGGCCUCUUCCCGCCCCUCUUCAGGCCGCAGCGGCCCCAGGAGCCCCAGCUGAGGGACGGGGGCCCCGGGCGCGCCGGCUGCGACAACCCCGGCAAGUUCCACCACGUGGAGAAGAGCGCGUCGUGCGCGCCGCUGUGCGCGCCCGGCGUGGACGUGUACUGGAGCCGCGAGGACAAGCGCUUCGCCGCGGUCUGGCUGGCCAUCUGGGCUGCGCUCUGCUUCUUCUCUAGCGCCUUCACCGUGCUCACCUUCCUCAUCGACCCCUCCCGCUUCCGGUACCCCGAGCGCCCCAUCAUCUUCCUCUCCAUGUGCUACUGUGUCUACUCCGUGGGAUACAUCAUCCGCCUCUUCGCAGGCGCCGAGAGCAUCGCCUGCGACCGGGACAGCGGGCAGCUGUACGUCAUCCAGGAGGGGCUGGAGAGUACCGGCUGCACCCUGGUCUUCCUGGUUCUCUACUACUUCGGCAUGGCCAGCUCCCUGUGGUGGGUGGUCCUCACGCUCACCUGGUUCCUGGCUGCCGGCAAGAAGUGGGGCCACGAGGCCAUCGAGGCCCACAGCAGCUACUUCCACCUGGCCGCCUGGGCUAUCCCGGCCGUGAAGACCAUCCUGAUCCUGGUGAUGCGCCGCGUGGCGGGGGACGAGCUCACCGGCGUGUGCUACGUGGGCAGCAUGGACGUCAAUGCCCUCACGGGCUUCGUGCUGGUCCCGCUGACCUGCUACCUCGUGGUGGGCACGUCCUUCAUCCUCUCGGGGUUCGUGGCCCUGUUCCACAUCCGCCGGGUGAUGAAGACGGGGGGCGAGAACACGGACAAGCUGGAGAAGCUCAUGGUGCGGAUCGGCGUCUUCUCCCUGCUCUACACCGUGCCGGCCACCUGCGUCAUCGCCUGCUACUGCUACGAGCGCCUCAACGUGGACUACUGGAAGACGCUGGCCGUCCAGCACAAGUGCAGGAUGAACAACCAGACCCGGUCGCUGGACUGCGUGCUGGCGGCCUCCAUCCCGGCGGUGGAGGUCUUCAUGGUGAAGGUGUCCAUGCUGCUGGUGGUGGGCAUCACCAGCGGGGUGUGGAUCUGGACCUCCAAGACCCUGCAGUCCUGGCAGCAGGUGUGCGGCCGCCGGCUGCGGAGGAAGGGCCGCCGGAAGCCCGCCAGCGCCAGCGUGCUCACCGGCGGCACCGCCGGCGGGAUUUACAAAAAAGCCCAGCACCCACAGAAACCACAUCUGGGCAAGUACGAGCUCCCCGCCCAGCCCCCUGCCUGCGUGUGAGGGGGCCUCCCCGGAAGGCAGGGCCAGCGGUGGAGCGCACUCUGCGGAGCGCACCCCGUUUCUCUAGGCUGGUUGGUUAAGUUUUGUUUUGUUUCUAAAUAUAAGGUUUUUUUUACCUUGAAAUUCAGGGGAUGCCUCGAUCCAGUGAAUGUAAGAAAGUACGUAAGGCUUCUGUUUUGCGUCUCAGCGAGGGGCCAGUCAGUCAAGGAGCCCCUGGAGUCACUAAUUUGUGGUAAUGUAGUGGAUUCAUCCCUUUGGAGAAAACUUUUGUUUAGACCCUUCUGCAAAUACAAUCUGUGGAUUGAGUAGGCUUUGCUGUCUAUUUACAAAGAAGAGGGGCCAGAUAACUUCUUUGCAAGCUAAAGAGCCACCCCUGGGCUGGAAAAAUGAGCGGUGACAGGGUGGGGGUGCCCCUGGGAGGCUGUAGGGGAAGGCCUGCUGCUUGUGUGGACAGAGGAAGGACCCUGACCUGGCUUCACACUGGAGGGGGGUGUCGGGUGUCUUACAAGACUCCACCCUCCAGCCCUCAGAAGGAACCCUCCUCCUAAACGUUCCUAAACCCAAAUGAUGUGCAAUACACUCCCCCCUUCCAUGGAAAUAAAAAGAGAGACAAGAAUUUUGCUGUCCAUAAAGACAACAAAAGAAAUCUCAUAACAAAAGGACUCUGCUGGCCUCGAAGCCCUCCCUCCAGUGUUACAUUUGGUGACUUCUAAUGGGCACUAAGCUUAUGUUAUACACGUUUGGGCUGAUUUGUGGCAAGGCGGGUGAAGGAGGAAAAGAGGCAUUCAAAAGUAUCCCAAGGGCUUAUUGACUUUCCAUUGUUAAACAAAUGAGGUCCAUGAAUAGAUCAGAAGCAGUGGGGGCCAGGGACAAACUUUGUCUAGUAGGGUAUCUCUGCCAGCUGGGGCAGUAUCUCCUGCCUCUGUAUAUUUGUAAUAUAUGAUAUUUUUCACACUCUACUAUUUUAUUAAAAAAAUAAAAGAUGUUCUUUAGU